UAUGUGUGUGUGGGUGUACUAUUGAGCGAUUAGUGUGUGUGCUAUUUCUUUUGAGUUACAGAUGGCGAGGUAGAGUUGUACAGCGGAAAGCAAAGUGACGUCACGGGAGUUCCUGCUAUUUAAGCGGUGCCGGUUCUGAUGUCACGGGUCUCUCUCUCACUGCUCUCUCACAGCCCGCUCUCCUCUUCUCUCCGCCUAAUUACCAGCUGGGGUGAUCACCUGUGGGUUGUCGUCUCGCCAUGCGGGAGCGAGGCGAAUGAUUGUUUUCUUUUGAUUCUAGUUUAUUUGUUUAAACCAGGUAGUGGCUUUAUUUUCCUUUGUACACUUUUUAUUAUUUAUUUAGUUUAGUGAAGGGAAGCAGCUGCCCGGAAGACUCACCCGUUUUAUUUCUUUUCGGGAGCCAGGUAAGAUCUCUCCUGACUGAAGUACAGGGUUAGUAAGGGUAUCUGUUUUCCCUUUAUGGGCCCUACCUGUGUUAUCUUUAUUUUGCUGAAUUUAUGAUUUAUUGUCCACUCAACUCUCAAGGCCUGUCUAAUUAAAAAUAUGGUGUGUUAACGCCAGAAACGCUAAAUCGUCUGUGAUUCCUAUAUGUUCGGUCUUUUAUCUAUGUGAGAAUUUAUAACGAGCUGAACUGGAUUGAGGGCUGUAACAUAUUUGGGGGCUCGUCCGGGAUCGAUGAACGAAUUUUGUGUGGCUUUGUUUAAUCUGCUCACACUUUGUAGUUGUUACUUCGGUAACUUUGUAUAAUCACAGUCGAUUGGCGUGAAUUUUUUUUUGACUCGUGUAGUGCUCGUUUUUUGUUUCCUCUCUUAACCCAAACGUUAGAUCUGACCAUGUUCGAAUUAACUAACUUUAUUGCAGAUCCGACGCAAGAUGAGCUGUUCAAAAUCAACAGGGUAGAUCUUACGAAAAUUGCUGCUCACUUUAAGGUUGGUUUCCGUAAAACUAUAACUAAACGUGAGUUACAGAUAUUGCUUCUUGAUUCAUUGCAUGAAUUGGGCGUUUUUGGUGAUGAGGAAAAGAUGAUGGAUUAUCCUGAUUCAGUUGAGGGUGGUUCAGAGGAUCUUGCAUUGCAGAUUAAGAAAUUGGAGCUGCAAGCUAAGGAGCACGACAGAGUUUUGUUGAGGGAGAGAGAAGAAUGGGAGCGUGAGAAAGAGAGACAAAUGAAUCGUGAGAGACAUGAACUUGAGUUGAAAAGGUUAGAAAUGGAGCAAGCGUGCCGCCUGAAAGAAAUGGAGCUGAAAUCUCGUGAAAGAGGUUUAACAGAUACUUCUGAUUUCGACGUGAGUCGUAAUAUUCGUAUGGUUCCUCAGUUUCGAGAGCAAGAGGUAGAUAAGUUUUUUGCUCUUUUUGAACGCGUUGCUAACAAUAUGAAAUGGCCGAAAACAUUUUGGCCCAUGUUGUUGCAGUGUGUUUUUGUGGGUAAAGCCCAAGAAGCUUUUUCUUCUUUAUCAGUUGAGGAGAGUCUUGAUUACGAUCAGGUGAAGGUGUCCGUUCUUAGAGUGUAUGAGCUGGUUCCCGAAGCUUAUCGUCAGAAAUUUCGUAACCUUCGGAAAACUAAUGAGACUUACGUUGAGUUCGUUCGGGAGAAGGAGUCAAUGUUUGAUCGUUGGUGCGUUUCUAUGAAAGUGAAAACUUUCGAAGAGCUCCGUGAACUGAUUAUUUUAGAGGAAUUUAAAAACUGCUUACCCGAACGCGUUGUAACUUAUCUAAAUGAGCAAAAAGUUUUGAAAUGUUCCGCUGCUGCCGCGUUGGCUGAUGAAUAUGUGCUUACACAUAAAAAUGUGUUUAGCGUAACACCAAAGAUUCCAUCAGUUAACAGUCAUCGGUCUUCUCAGCGUAACUUGGAACGCCCUCUGCCUGUCGACAAAGUGGCGGUGAGUUCUGAUAAAUCCGUGUUCUCACCUGUUUGUUUUUAUUGUAAGAAACGUGGACACAUUAUUUCUGAGUGUAAUGUGCUCAAAAAGAAGAAUAAUGUUCCUAAACCAGUAGGUCUGUUGAUGACGUCCUCGUCACAGGUGGAAGGACUGCAGUCGUUGGCUUCUGAUGCUGACAUGUGGAAAGAUGAGGGAUAUGUGCCGUUCAUGAUGGACGGAUUCGUAUCUUUGGCAGGUAAAGAUGAUUUACGUAAACCAGUCAAGAUACUUCGUGAUACAGGCGCUGCUCAGAGUUUUAUUCUGGAGGGAGUAUUGCCGUUGUCUGAUGAGAGCUUUAUUGGUUCAAGCGUCUUGGUACAGGGUUUUGAAAUGGGCUUUGUGAAGGUACCUUUGCAUGAGAUUGAAAUUGAGUCUUCCCUUGUUGUUGGCCGCGUUGUGGUUGGAGUGCGACCGUGUCUUCCUGUUCGAGAUGUCACAUUUAUUUUAGGAAAUGACUUAGCGGGAGGAAAAGUUUUUGCUAGCCCUGAGGUAACUGAUGUUCCUCUACCUGGUACUUCUAUUGAUGCAUUAGCUCAGACAUAUCCUGAGGUUUUCCCCUCAUGUGCUGUUACUCGCGCUAUGACCCAGAGACUGAAAGAUAAAAAUCUUUGUGAAUCAGAAAGUGAGUGGAAUUUUGAUUUGAGUGAUACGUUCCUCUCUAAUGCAGAUUUUUGUCAGGUUAAGUGUUCAGACUUUGUUGACGGUUUAGACCUCGCCGUUAAUAAGCGAGAUGAACACUCUAUGGGGCUCAAUGGAUUGUCUCUGUCUCGCGAGCAGCUUAUUGUUGAACAGAGGAAAGAUGAGAAAACGUCAUCCCUCUUUGAAGCUGUUGUUCCUGUGGAGCAACUCGAACAGGUAUCGCAAGGUUACUUUGUUGAAGAUGGGGUGUUGAUGAGGAAGUGGAGACCACCUACUGCAUCUGCUGAUGAUGAGUGGCAAGUCGUCAAGCAGAUAAUAGUUCCCUCCUCGUACCGCUCUGAGAUUUUGAGCCUUGCGCAUGAUAGCCCGUUUGCCGGUCAUUUAGGAGUGAAUAAAACAUACGACCGUAUCCUCCGUAAUUUUUUCUGGCCUGGUUUGAAAACCGAUGUUGCGAGUUAUUGCCGAAGUUGUCAUGUGUGCCAAAUGACGGGAAAACCGAACCAGAAUAUCCCACCCGCUCCAUUACAUCCAAUUCCUGCUUUUAGUGAACCAUUUGAGCGGGUGAUGAUUGACUGUGUCGGUCCUUUGCCUCGUACUAAGUCAGGAAAUCAAUACUUGCUGACCAUAAUGUGCUCGUCAACACGUUUUCCAGAGGCAAUCCCUCUGCGUAAAAUUACUGCACCAGUGAUUGUGAAAUCUCUUGUAAAGUUUUUCUCACUGUUUGGUCUUCCGCGUACUAUUCAAUCGGACCAAGGUACGAAUUUUAUGUCACGUGUGUUUAAACAAGCUCUGGAGCAGUUGCAUAUACAACAUCGUACGUCAAGUUGUUACCAUCCUGAAAGCCAGGGCGCACUUGAAAGGUUCCAUCAGACUUUAAAGUCAAUGUUGCGCGCGUUCUGUCUUGAGUUUCAGAAGGAUUGGGACGACGGGGUACCCAUGGUUAUGUUCGCCGUGCGAGAGGUUGUGCAGGAGUCGUUGGGCUUUAGUCCGGCUGAACUGGUGUUCGGGCAUACUGUCCGUGGUCCACUUAAAGUGAUUAAAGAUCAUUGGACUAGUGACCCAACUCCUAACAUUCUUGACUAUGUUUCAGGAUUUCGUUUCAAGUUGCGUCGUGCAUGUGAGUUGGCCAAAGAGAAUUUGGAGAUUUCUCAGCGACGAAUGAAAAAACGUUAUGAUCGUUGUGCUAAACUUCGUAGCUUUGCUCCUGGCGACAAGGUGUUAGUGCUGAUGCCAGUGCCUGGGUCUGCAUUGCAAGCUCGUUAUUAUGGUCCUUACCCAGUCAAAGAAAAGGUGAGUGAGCUUGAUUAUGUUAUCUCGACGAAUGACCGAAGAAAGAAAACUCGUCUUUGUCAUAUUAACAUGCUUAAACCGUACUUCGAAAGACCGCCAGAAUGGUCUGGUAGGAAGUCGGCUGUGUUGACUGUUUUACCUACAGACUUUCCGGUGACCGAGGGACCGGUGCUGUCCAGUGCUGAAUCUUUCAUCCGCCCAGAGUGUCCUUUAUCGGACAACGUUGCUGUUGCCACUUGUGAAGGGGAUGUUGAGUUUCCUGCUGCAGAACUGGUUGCGGGAAGGUUGAAGAAUUCUUCGAUAAUUCGAACUUUGGACUCGCAUUUUUCACAUUUAACUGUAACUGAACGAGCUGAUGUGAUUAGUAUUAUUCGGAAGUAUGAGAAUUUGUUCUCUGAUGUUCCCUCGUGUACCUCAUUAAUAGAGCAUGAUAUCGACGUUGGCAAUUCGUUGCCUAUUAAACAACACGCAUAUCGUGUGAGCCCUGAAAAGAGAACUCAGCUGCAACACGAGGUAAACUUUAUGCUCGAAAAUGAUAUCGCCGAGCCCAGUUUUAGUCCUUGGAGCUCCCCCUGCUUGUUGGUCAAAAAGACUGACGGUACAUUUCGUUUUUGUACUGAUUUUAGACGCGUUAAUGCUGUAACGAAACCCGAUAGUUAUCCAUUGCCGCGUAUGGAAGAUUGCGUGGAUCAUGUUGGAAAUGCUGCGUUCGUCACUAAAAUCGAUCUGCUUAAAGGUUACUGGCAGGUGCCUUUGUCAGAUCGCGCAAAAGAGAUUAGUGCGUUCGUAACACCAGAUCAUUUCCUACAUUACAAAGUAAUGGCUUUCGGCUUACGAAACGCUCCGGCAACCUUUCAGAGAUUGGUUAAUCGUGUCAUCAAAGGUAUGCAUAAUGUUGAAGCGUAUUUGGAUGACUUAGUCAUUUACAGCGCGUCUUGGUCAGAACAUGUGGAGCAACUCGAGGAGCUGUUCAGUCGUUUGUCUCGAGCUAACCUCACAGUGAAUUUAGUGAAGUGCGAAUUUGGUCGCGCCACGGUCACCUAUCUGGGAAAAAUCGUCGGUAGCGGUCAGGUUCGACCUGUUGAGUCUAAGGUGGAGGCUAUCACCAAUUUUCCCAUGCCCACCACGCGUCGGGAGCUCCGUCGAUUUUUAGGAAUGGUCGGAUACUACAGAAGUUUUUGCAAAAAUUUUUCUGUCGUCGCUUCUCCUUUAACCGACCUACUUAGUCCAAAAGUUGCGUUUAAAUGGACCGAGACUUGUCAGUUGAGUUUUGAGAAAAUCAAAGCACUUUUGGUUUCUUCUCCUGUUUUGUCAGCUCCUGACUUUUCUACUCCGUUUUUUCUUGCUGUUGAUGCAAGUGACACUGGUGCUGGAGCUGUACUCCUUCAACUAGAUCAGGCUGGUGUUGAGCAUCCUGUUUGCUACUUUUCACGCAAAUUUAAUAAACAUCAGCGAGGUUACUCCACUAUUGAGAAGGAGGCGCUCGCCCUUGUCCUUGCCAUUCAACAUUUUGAUGUUUACAUUGCUUCUGUUACGCACCCACUGAUUGUUUACACGGAUCACAAUCCCUUGACUUUUAUUAGUCGAAUGAAAAACAAUAAUCAACGACUGAUGCGUUGGAGUUUGUUUUUACAGACUUUUGAGUUGGACAUUCGUCACAUUCGGGGUAAGGAUAACGUGAUUGCUGACGCUUUGUCUCGUACUUGAAUUAAUUGU